AUGUAUCAAUUAAUUCUAUAUGCUCUAUCUUUUCCCCUUUCGCUCGUCACCAGUCCGACAUAUCUAGCAAAAUGCAAAUCUACUCCGCAGAGCGAAGCAUGGCCAUCUCAUGACGACUGGGGUGCGCUGAACAAGUCCAUUGGUGGAUGUCUUAUACGUACUGCCCCUGUGGCAUCAUCAUGCUACGACGGAAACCCGUACAACUCGCCUCACAAUUGUACAAAAGUGAAAGAGCAAUGGAGUCUCAGCUUUUAUCACGCUGCAUGGCCGGAAAGCAUUAGUUAUUCGAUCUUUGCGAACAACUCCUGUAUUCCACCUGGUAUUAAUGGGGCCACCAAAGAGAGAGGGUGCAGUAUUGGCGGACUACCUUCAUAUGUUGUCAAUGCAACUAAAGAGGAGCAAAUCGAGACGGCUAUGGCAUGGGCUUCAAAGCGAAAUAUUCGUAUUGUCAUCAAGUCCACCGGUCAUGAUUUAAAUGGUCGGGCAACCGGUGCAUACGCCUUGUCUAUCUGGACGCACAACUUCCAAGACAUCGAGCACAAGUCAGACUGGCAUAUCCCGGGAAGUAAAGACACAGCAGAUGUUCUGAUCUGCGGUGGGGGUACUAUCUGGGGCUCCGCGUACAUUGCUGCAAAUGAAGCCAACAGAUCGGUUGUAGGCGCCGAGGAUGUAACAGUCGGUCUAGGUGGACAGUCAACCAACGGUGGUCACGGUGUUUUGUCCUUCCACCACGGCCUUUCAUCGGACCAUAUCCUUCAAGCCACUGUGAUCACAACUGAGGGACGCCGCCUCGUCGCAAAUGACGAACAAAAUCAAGAUAUCUUCUGGGCUAUUCGCGGAGCAGGUAAUGGCCAGUUCGGAGUUGUGACUGAGUUCGUAAUUAAGACUAAUCCCAUUCCUGAGAAUGCGGUUAGUAGUUCAGUGACUUUCUACGCUCGUGAUCCAUCUCGUCCGAUGGAAGAUGCCGCAUGGGCAGCUUUUGCUGAAUUUGCCUCGCAGAUCCCAGACAUGAUGGAUGCGGGCGUGACCGGCACCGUUGACACGAUGACUGGAGAAAUGGCUCAGAAAUACCUCAAACUACCCCAUGCUAUAUCCGGCCCAGCGGUGUCAGCUAAGCUUUUUGCCUUCAACACUACUGUCGAAAAUAUGCGUGCCAAACUUGAAAAGCUGGUCACUGAUCUUCAGGCUGCCAGCAAUGGAAACCUGAGUCUCACCAUCACUGAGCCAUUCUCUGAAAGCUUUUGGUCAUGGGCCAAGCCCCAAUUCCUAUCCAGCAAUUUUGCAGGAUCGUCUCGCAUGUUCACUGGGCGACUUUUAGGACGAGCUGAGCUGUCCGGCCUUCCUAAAGAGGACUUGAACAAAUAUCUUCGACAAAUCUUGAUGGCAAAACAUCCCGAAGAAGGAACCCUGUUAAGAUUUGACCUCCAGGUUGGAUCUGGCCCGGCUAGAGUGGAUAAAAAACGCUGGGGCAGCACACACCCAUUCUGGCGAAAGGCAUAUACUGUAACGAUGGCGUGGGGCGGGCAUGUCAACGUGACGGACGAUCCCAAACACGCAUUGAAAGAUGCUAUAGACUGGUAUGAGGAAAAUAAGGAGCCGGUUUGGAGAAAAUGGGCUCCUAAGGCUGGGGCAUACAUGAAUGCCGCAAACGGGUUCAGUCGCUCUUGGAAACAUGAUUUCUACGGUGAGAAUUAUGAGAGACUCUUGAAGAUCAAACAAAAGUAUGAUCCAACGGGGAGUCUGUGGAUUUACAGUGGGGUUGGAAGUGAUAAGUGGACAUAUGAUCUACACAGCGGACUGCUUUGUCAAGCGGAUGGAUCAUGA